UAUAACAGAUAAUGGUGUACAAAUUAGAAAAAUUUUACUGAAUUCUAGCAGUUGUUCAAAUGAUGUUCAAAUUCUGUAAUGAAUUCUGUAACAGUAGCACUAAAAGGUUUAUCAUAUUUUAAAAUAGUUGUGCGUUCAUCAGCUGAACUUCCUCCUAUUAAAAAAUUUUUAAUAUCAAUAGUUUUCUAUCACACAAAAUCAUCUGCCGUUCAAAAUAUUCGUGACAAAAGAACAGUUGUCGUAGCAGGGACCGUAGCAAAACGUCGUCCGCGGAGCGUCUUCCUUUACAAACGAAUGCUACCUAGAGCGACAUAGCCUGGGGUAUUAAAGGUGCACGAAGGUGUUGCAAAGAUGGGUUGAUGCUAGAGAGCACUCGCAUUGACGUUUACGCGCGGAGAAGCGCGAGCCGGCGUGCAGGGGAGUCGUGAACAAACCGGGACGCAACAGUCGCUCACCAGACUUUGUGCUGGAAGGAUCGUAGGAGGUAUGGUUUCGCGCCUCCGUGACAUUUCGUGACUUCGACCCGGGAUACCUGUUACAAACGGCAGCCCAGAAGCAGCGUGGUGAAGUCCAGUAACCUGGGCUGUAAGAUCCGAAGGCAACAGAUUAGACCAGAAGAUAAUUUGAAGCAUCAGAACCAUGAUAGCUUUACAGACUUUUAUACUCUGAGAUCUGUUUUCAAAAAUAUCAAAGUUUAAGCCCAACAUCCCUAUGACAAAUUGAUGUGCAGCUGCAUCGAAUAUAUCUCUGGAGUGCGUUGCAUUGAUCUCGGUUGCGAAGAUGUACAUUCCUCCAUUCACGUGAUGAUCCCAUAAUAUCUGCACGACAUAUUGAACGAUAUAUGUAAAAGAAUGGAGGCAACAGGAGAUCCAUCGGCGUAAUAGACACAGGAGUUGUCCAAUGUUUUUGAAUCAUUUGUACCUGAUUCUGAGAGAAAUACAAUACAUUCACGAUGACGAUAACGGCGUCCACGGAGAGGAUGGACACGACGAAGGAUCUUCCGAAAAAAAAGUUCAUCAACAUCAAUCUUUUAUCUUUGAAGCUUUUACUAUUCCUCUUUUUCGGUGGAAUGGGUUGCCUCUUCCCCUUUCUCCCUCUUCACAUGACAGAAAUGGGACUGAGCAUCGAGCAAAUACGAAUGGUUUCAAUGAUCUCUCCAGCGAUAGCGAUACUGGGACCUCUGAUCGCCGCCCCAAUUGCAGACAAGUUGGCCGGUCAUCAAGGAAGAAACGAUAAAUCAUCGACCGGUCGUUAUCUCAGAGUGAUGAUCGCCAUUGCCUGCAUUCUGUCCGGCAUUUUCUACGUUUUUCUACUGGUCAUACCGUCUGCGAAUCUCAACGAACCAUCAAGAGAGAAGAGACCAGCGUUGAAGUUUAAUUGUGAUCAAAAAGGGGCGUUGGUGCUUCAGAAAAGAUGCAAAGAUCAGACUUGUCAUAGAUGGUCUGACGAGAGCAGAACUGGCCCGUUGCUCCUUCAAAGCUGUAACUAUGCUUGUUAUCCCAUUGGAUCGAAACGAUGGUACUCCGACGAAAACGACGAGUCCAUUUAUGGGACCACCGAUUCCGUUUUGGGAGUUCUCGAUGGUAGCGGGGACACUAGUGUGAUCCCUCUCGAAAGCGAAAUGUACGCUCAGGAACAAGAAGAGUUGAAAAAGAUUAAGCGAUUUGUGACACUUGAUAGUGAGCCUCCUCACUUGUGCUUUAAAGAAGCUGGCAACGUUAUUUGCCACGUUUACACCGAAUACUCAGGUAAUUUGGCUCUGAAUGCGACACUGAAGCAAGCGCUCAGCAGCGAAGGCGAACAAGGGUGGUGUGCAUAUCCCUUGGCUGAGUACUUUGCUUGCCGUAUACCUCCGGACUUGGAAAUUAAAAUGGCGGAGGUCUCUCAGAGUUGUUCUAUCGAAUGUGACUUAGUUGAUCCUUACACUCUUCCAGACAGCGUUCUCGUGGAGUACAUGUGUCAACAGAAUGAGAAUUGGUCUCAGUUAGUGUUCUGGACCUAUUUGGCCAUUCGAUCAACGGCUGACAUUUUCCCAACAACAGCAGUAGCUCUAAUCGAUGCUGCCGUCGUGAUAGCUACCAGAGAAACAUCUUGUGGACGCGGCGAUGUGGGUCGUCAGUUGGCGUUUGGUUCCCUCGGUUUUGCUAUCUUCGGCUCCUUAACCGGCUACCUGAGCACUUUGAUCGAAAAUUUGACCUCUUUCUGCUAUCUGCCGAUCUGUAUGCACGCUAUAAUGAUGCUGUUAACUGCUGUGGUAGCACUUUGCGCGAACGGCAUGCCUCUCAGUCCACCAGAAUGGUGGUGGCACACUAGAAGUGGCAUGCUUGCGCUUCCCAUGAGCGCUAUUAAGAGAUACGGUAGCGAGACUGCCGCUCUGGUGAUAGUGCUAAUUGUUAUGGGAACAUUUUGGAGUGCUAUGGACAGUUAUCUACCUCUACAUUUGCAAAAAUUAGGAGGUGACGAACUGCCCAUUGGAGUAGCAAUGACCGUAGGAGCAGUACCUGCAUUCCUAUUCCUCUGGAAGUCUGAGCAUCUCGUUGAUUAUUGUGGUCAUAGUAAUCUUCUUAUCACUGCCUUUACCGUGUACAUUAUUAGGUUUACUGGUCUAAGUCUGAUCGCAGAACCCUGGUGGUCUCUAAUCUCGGAGGCCUUUGAGGUUUUUACUCUAGGUAUUAUGUGGAUUACUGCCAUUCUGUAUCUUAGACAUCUUGUCCCGCGUCAUUUAACCGUGACUGCUCAAGCACUACCUGUGAUUGCACAUUUCUGCGUUGGUCGAUGCAUUGGAGCUGUGAUUGGUGCUUACAUCAAUGUCGAUGACUCUAAUAUCGUUGCCUCGCUUAGAUUCGUUUAUCGUUGCAUGGCAGCCGCAGCAGCUGCUGUUUCUGCACUGUACUUCAUCUUGUAUCAUGGCCUAUUGAAACCACGGUGUCAUGCACACAACAUACAAGGCCCUCGACAACCGCCUACUGUUGUACAAGCAAUGAACGGAAAUGGGAGUUACACGCCGCUCAGGGUCUACCACAACGGCAUGGGCAGAAAAGGUCAAUUUCGUUAUUGAAGAUUUAGGAAAAAAGGAAGUGUUAACGACACUAUAAAUGUUACGUUACGGUGCUAGUGAUUAGACUAUCAUUGUUAUUGCGAUUAAAAAAAGAAAGUCAUCAUUGUUAUGCGACACGUGUAUGAAAGUACGUCUCCAAUGUGCAGCUUUAGCGUUUCUUCACCAUUUUAUCGGAAAAUUGUCACUCUUUGAUACUAUCAUUGAUUUCCUUUUAUACAAUUUUCAAAAAUUAAUUUACUCAAGUGUACUUUAGAUACUAGCUUUCCUAUUUAUUGGUGCUGAAAGGAAAUUGAAGAAUUGAGUAAAUGGAAGUACUCAAAUCAACUCAUACUUUUUAUGUACUUUUUUCUUUUUAUACUUAAGUGUUUAGUUCAUCAGCAGUGACUAAUUGGGAUAAGUUAGGUGCCCUUUGUAAAUUUGAGCUCUUAGAAAUUUAGAAUUUGGAAUUUUGGGGACUUAAUUAUGCCAAUGGUCAUCGAAUAAACAUUAAUUAUUGUAAAUAGUUCUACAAUUAUAUUUAUAAAUUAAAUGAAACCAAAUCAGAUUGUUUUUUUUUUAGUAUUAUACAUUUUAUUUCGAGUACUUCUGCCUAAAAAUAUAAUGUAUACCAAUCAGUCACUAUAGCGGCUACUAAUUAUAAUACAUUUUAUAAUACUUUUUUAUUCUCACAAUCUUUGUAUUUUUUACAAGUACACGUAUGCGGUUCAUAACGUCGCGAAAAGCUACGAAAUCGUUUCGUAACUUUUGUUUUUGAUCUUUUGUAUAUCUCGACUGCAACCACGUAAGUGUUACGUGUUUGAAGUGUGUUUUUAAGAAGAAAAUUUCUACGGACCUGUUGUACCUAUCUAAAUACUGAGAAAUGUUCGUCUCUCUAUGUAGGAUAAGACUUUACUUGAAAGAUAAAAGGAAGUAAUAUAUUGAUUUCUGGGGUCAGUGUGUGUGUAUACAAAGAAAAGAAAAAAUAAAUGAAACUGAAAAAAAUAUGAAUUUUUGAAUUUAAUAUCCCAAUUGAAAUAGACAAGAAAGCAUAUCAAUAAAUUUCAUUUUACACUGGGUAUUACUUUUAUAUUUAAAAAACUAUGAUUCUAAAAGUGCCUUUCUCUUGCAGCUUUAUUUCUCCAAUGAUAUUAACGAAAAAAUAUAGAGGACAGAUUGCUUGAAAAUUAAGAAGGAUUACAGAGUUGGACACUUUUACAGAAUCUACGUAAAGAUAACGAUACUCAACUAUUUGUAGUAAAUUUAUUUUCUAGACUUAAAACUAUGUUCAAUCAUCAGAUAAAUUUACAAUUAUCAUACAAACUUUUAUUUACCUCGAUUUAAAAUUGUAGUAUUAGACUUGGGACGUAUAAAACAAUAACCAUCAACAUUUUUUAUGGUUUUCUUUUUCAUCAAUUUUGAAUGUUUAUUUAUUCACAUCUAUCAUACGUCUAUUAUCUAUAUGAAUGUAGAUACAAUAUUAAGUAUUUUUUAUAAAACAUAUUUAUGCAAACGUCAAUCGUGUUUACAUAUAAGUAUAGCGAUAAAAUUUUUUCGAACAAAAGUUUUCUUCUAUGUUCACAGUCUUAGAAAUUAAUAUUAGUGACAAAUGAAAUAUAAAAUGUCAUUAUAAAUAAAUGUCAGAUGGAAAAUUUCUACAAUAAAUGAUCACUAACAAGCGCGGAAAUAUUAAAUAUUAUUAAAGAAACUAAUAAAACUUUGUACAUAACUUGUGUUAUACAAUACAUUGUAUAUAUCAAAUAAUUGUUACUUUCAACUAUAUUUUUCGUAUCGCUAUCGAAACUGUAUAUGUUUUAUUUAUUCCCAAUAAGUAAUAUUUAAUAAGUUAACAAAAUACGUUCCAAUUUUUAUGAAAUGUAUAUCUAUUUUAGAUACUUAAAAAUAUUAAAUAUUUAGGUAGGAAUCUUUUUAGAAUGAUCAAUUAUAUAAGAAUUACAUCAGUAAAUUUGAGACAUCAGUAGGCAAUGCUAUCAUUA